AUGCCUGUUGACUACAGCAAAUGGGAUGCGCUGGAGCUGAGCGACGACUCCGAUGUUGAAGUACACCCAAACGUGGACAAGCGGUCCUUCAUCCGCGCGAAGCAGAACCAGAUCCACCAGGAGCGGGAGCAGCGCAAGCAACAAAUCAUCACCCUAAAGUACGAGCGUCAGAUCAACGACGCCCUGAUACAACGCAUCACCUCUCUUCUGAACUCCCUCAAGGCCCACGCCUCUGACGUCGACAAUGGGAAGCGCAGCCCCGGCGAGGUCGCCUUUGCGGCCGUCAUGCAGUCGGCCGCAAACCUCAAGCCCGAGGACGACACGCCGCCCCCACGGCCCGCCGGCGUGCACAACGCCGAGGAGAAGCUGCCCACGUACAGCAAGAUGAUGGCCACGCUGCUCGACCAGGUGAACAAGGCCAUGGAGGAGAAGAAGGUCAAGGACGAGGACCGGUACGCAGCCAUGGUCGCAGAGAUCCAAGAGCACCUGGACAAGGUCACGAGCCUGCAGAAGGACCUGCACAAGAAGCUGGACGAGCUCGAGAAGGAGGAGGCCAGGAAGAUCACGAGCGAGAGCAUACACACGGGCUUCGACAGCUCGCACGUGGCCAAGUCGACCCCAUCAUCGUCAUCGGCGGCCAAGAAGGAUGACACCAAGGUUGAGCUCCUGAACCCAAACUUCAGCGCACCCGAGGCCGGCAAGAGCAGCUCCUCCGCCAACCCCGAGUAUGACGACGACGACGAGGUCGAGGCCUCGCCCGCGGCGAAGCAGUUCGCCAAGAUCAAGACGGGCUCCUACAGCGAGUCCCUGGCCUUCCUGGGCAAGCACCCGGAGAUCCUGCAGGAGAAGGAGACGGACGGCCUGCUCAUCAUGGCCUUUGACGCGCAGCUCAGCAGCCAGGACGAGUUUGCCCGGCAGUGCGUGCACCAGGCCCUGCUCCUGCAGUACUGCCGCGCCCUGGGCCGGGACGGCGUCGGCCUGUUCUUCAAGCGCAUCAUGACCAAGGGCCACCAGGCCCAGGACGUCUUCUUCAAGGACGUGCAGGACACCUACCUCAAGAUCAAGACCCGCGCCGCCGAGAUCAACAAGGAGCGCGCGGCGUCCGGCUCGGGCCUGGCCGAUGGCGAGGGCGUCGAGCAGAUCCAGCUGCACGCCGUGGAGCCCGGGACCGUUAUUCACAUCUCGGUGCCGCCAGCGGACAGCCAGGACCCUGAGGAACAGGCCGCGCGCAAGAUCUUUGAGGGCUUCAGCCCCGAGAUGAAGAAGGCGCUCGAGAGCGGCAGCCUGGACCAGGUGAACAAGGUGCUGGGCAACAUGAAGGUGGACGAGGCGGAGGAGCUGGUAGGCCUGUUCAACGAAGCCGGGGUUUUGAGCCUCGAGCAAGAGAUUAUCGAUGCCACAACGGACCAGGGCAAGGCGGAGUGGAAGCACCUCCAGGACCAGGGGAAGGCGACGACGUCAGAGUCGCAAUAUGCAGAUGAUCCCGAAUAA